ACUUCACAUCUUUGGAGAGCUGUCGUACGCUUUGCUCCGCCGCUCUAAUUGGCUCACUGGGCCGUAGCUUUUACUCUUCGCUAAGCUACGUCGAAACAAAGUAUAGCAACCGUGGUUUUCGAGGACGUGUUUACUGGUUUAUGCCACAACAGACCCUUCUUGAAAAAUGUGCUCAGUCUGGUAGUUGCUGUGUUCUUUAUCUAAGUCGGCCAUUGUUUGGGCACAUACUUUGCGCAUGUAUUGGGACGAGGGCUUUGUCAGCGUUCGGCGAGGACUCGGAUCCAAUCGCACACUUCGUGCCCAAGAAAUGGCGACUGGCAGUGUGUUUUUACGGGGUUUCGAAAAGGGUCUAAGCUGGCGUCCCCGAUUUCGUCUUUACCCUCUAACAAACGCAUUUUUGCCUUCUUUCCCUGGUGCAGCCGACGCCGGAUCAAAACGGCAGAUGGCUCGAGCCAAGCCGAAGCCUCUCCUGAAGCUUUUCCAGUGCAAGAUCUGCACCUACAUGACUCGCAAGCUGGCCAACAUGCGGCGCCACUUGCAGUCGCACUCUGGCGAGCGUCCCUUUGGCUGCCCCCAGUGCUCUGCGCGGCUCGUGUCCAAGUCGGCGCUCCAGGCCCACCUGCGCACUCACACGGGAGAGAAACCCUUCGAGUGCGACGUCUGCUUGAAGCACUUCACCCAGAAGAGCAGCCUGACCAAGCACCGGCUCAUCCACACCGGGGAGCGGCCCCACAAGUGCCACAUGUGCUCGAUCGCGUUCUCGCAGAAGCAGCACCUCAAGGUGCACAUCCGCUCCCACACGGGCGAGAGGCCGUUUGCGUGCGGGCACUGUCCCAAGUCGUUUGCGCAGAACGACGACCUGGUGAGGCACACCCGGAUCCAUACGGGGGAGAGGCCGUUUAAGUGCCCGGAGUGUCCCCGCACGUUCACGCAGUCCACGGGCCUCAAGAGCCACGUGAAGACGCACUGCAGGGAGGCCGUGCACAAGUGCGACCGGUGUUCGCUGGGGUUCAGGACGAAGAACGGGCUGGGAAGGCACAGGGCGAUGCACGACCAGUGAUUUUUCCCACGAUGCUUUCUUUCCGAAUUGUCGUACGGUGUACAGGACCGGUCGGAAUUAAAGUUUAUUUGCCGAGCAUUCUAGAUGUCGAGCUGUAAGGCCCUACAGUCCGUUGCAACUCCAGAACGAAGGGCAAGGGUAAGACGGGCCGGGGAGGAGGAAGCAGACGGAACGCUGAAGAAGAGAGGGGGAACCUCCUUCUCUCUUUAGUGUUCCGUCUGUUUCCUCCUUUCCGGCCCGUCUCAUCCUCGCCCUUCGUUCUUGAGUUGCAACUGACUGUAGGUACACGCUUUAUGGAAAUGAGCUUUCUUUAUUUGCAGGUUUUGUGGGACAGAAGUUUUAUCUUGGGGAUAUAUAGUAUGAGAAUGUUUCUUACUCUUGCAACAAGCGUUUUUGAUUGUCAAGCUGUAUGGUUCUUUAUUCAAGUUAUCUACUAUUAUUUUUUUGCGAGUUUUGUGGGAUGAGAACAUCAUCCUGGGGGAUAUAGUAUGAGUUUGGUUUUCCUUGCUGAUGGUUUGACUAGGGGACAUCUUGUGAUUCGAUAGAUUGUUAUAAGUAAUGUCGGUGCCUUCGAUGAUCUCGAAAGAUUUAUGGGACCACGAAGUUGCGAUUGCUAUUCCAGAGCUCGGGUCACGGAGUUCCUAUGAGUUUGAACUUACAGAUGUGGUUUAGGUUAGAAGUGAGGGGGCUUCUCUCUUUUAGAAGCCUGUUACAUCAACUUCCGUGGAUCUAUUCCACCACAAAUGCCGAGGACAUUUUUCGUAGAAUUUAGUUAAUCUCGGCUUUCUUUGCCGGUACAUAAUGAAUAGAAUAUUUUUGUGCUUAAUGUUUUUUAUUGCAGCUAUCUGCUAGGUUGCCUAGUUUCAUAUUUUACAGUUUCUUUAUACUGUAUAACAUCAUUGAUCGUGUUGCAUUUUGAAAUCUCUACCCAAAAAGGCUGUUACGUUGAAGAAUAAGUGAGCUUCAGUAUGACGUUCACGCUUGUUGAGGCCCAUUUACGCAGUAGUGUUUGACUACGUUGUGAGGGCUUGCGCGAAGUUAUGACCAAGUCUCCAGGACAUCCGUGUUUUGGGCGCUGCCGGGUAAUCAGUUCAGAGAGUAGUUUUGCACGCGACAUGGGAAGCAUAGAUGUCUCAAUGGAUUGUGAUCGCGUCUUUCCGUAACAUAAUCGGGUGCAGGUGUGUGAAUUGCCUUUAGUGUUGUCUGCAUUAGCUGUGUUGAGCAUCCUGCCUGUGUGCUUUACAACAUCUUGUAGGCGCCAUAAUAUAUGCAAUAAAUAUGUCGAACAGGAAAGUAUUGGGGUUUGCCCAAAUAAUUUUUCAUAGAACUUGCUGAUAGAGUUAACUCUAAACAGUCAUGUUUGUUUGUACUCGAAUUUUCCAACUAAAGGAGAGGCAGGUUGCCUUUUUGUUGAGCUGUUGGUUUACACUGGUGUGUCUGAUAAAUGUUGCCACAUUUUUAGCAUAUUUCUUCCUGUAUGAACUCAACACAAUUCAGCCUGCUCAUAUCUGAUUAUUUGAAGCAGCUGUCAUAAAAUGUCUCGAUCUGUGUCAAUCUUAUCCAAAGUUGGAAUAUUAAGUUUCUCUUUUGCAUUCAACUUUUCUGGAUUACUGCAUGGGCCUGUUGCUUUUCAUGAGGCCCAGCUUACUGCAUAAGCAAAUACAACCUUAAGAUUUUGUGCUCGGUUUUGUGAUUUAAUAGAUGUCCUUAAUACUUCCAACUUGAAACCCACGAAGUUGUUUACCAUUUGCGUAAUACUGAGUUGCUGCAUGAGAUGACACACAAAAUAGUUGUGAUUUAAACAUUGCUACUGUUUAUUUUUUAAAACUGUUUAAAAAUAAAUACUGCUA